CGAGCGCAGCGCGGGCGGUGCCUGGCUGGCCGCCGCCUCCUCCUUGGCGUCCGCGCAGCCGGGUCUUUGUGCGCCGGCCCCGCGGCUGCCCGCGCUUUGUUCCCGGCGCCCGUUCCCCGGCCGGCCGGGGCGCGCCGCCGAGCAGCCCCCUGCGCCGCGCUGGCGUCGUCCUCGUCCCCCUCGCCGCCCCCCGCGCGCGGCCGGGCCUUGCCCCCCAUGGUGUCCCGGCCCGAGCCGGAGAGCGAGGCCAUGGACGCGGAGCUGGUGGUGACGCCGCCGGGCUGCUCGCACCUGAGCAGCUUCAAGGUGGACAACUGGAAGCAGAACCUGCGGGCCAUCUACCAGUGCUUCGUGUGGAGCGGCACGGCGGAGGCCCGCAAGCGCAAGGCGAAGUCGUGCGUCUGUCACGUUUGUGGCGUCCACCUGAACAGGCUUCACUCCUGCCUACACUGUGUCUUCUUUGGCUGCUUCACAAAGAAGCAUAUCCACGAGCACGCCAAGUCCAAGCGGCACAACCUGGCCAUAGAGCUUAUGUAUGGAGGGAUCUACUGCUUUUUGUGUCAGGACUACAUAUAUGACAAAGACAUGGAAAUCAUUGCCAAAGAGGAGCAACGGAAAGCUUGGAAAAUGCAAGGCGUUGGGGAGAAGUUUUCAACUUGGGAACCCACCAAACGGGAGCUUGAACUGCUGAAACACAACCCGAAAAGGCGAAAGAUCACCUCCAACUGCACCAUAGGUUUGCGGGGGCUGAUCAACCUUGGCAACACCUGCUUCAUGAACUGCAUCGUCCAGGCGCUCACGCACACGCCGCUCCUGCGAGACUUCUUCCUCUCCGACAGGCACCGGUGUGAGAUGCAGACCCCCAGCUCGUGUCUGGUCUGUGAGAUGUCGUCGCUGUUUCAGGAGUUCUACUCGGGGCACCGCUCCCCCCACAUCCCCUACAAGUUGCUGCACCUGGUGUGGACUCACGCGCGGCACCUGGCGGGGUACGAGCAGCAGGACGCGCACGAGUUCCUCAUCGCCGCCCUGGACGUCCUCCACCGGCAUUGCAAAGGUGACGAUAAUGGGAAGAAGGCCAACAACCCCAACCACUGCAACUGCAUCAUAGACCAGAUCUUCACGGGCGGGCUGCAGUCGGACGUCACCUGCCAAGUCUGCCACGGAGUCUCUACCACCAUAGACCCCUUUUGGGACAUCAGUUUAGAUCUGCCUGGCUCCUCCACCCCGUUCUGGCCCCUGAGCCCCGGGAGUGAGGGCAGCGUGGUGAACGGGGAAAGCCACGUAGCAGGAACCACUACGCUCACGGACUGCUUGCGAAGAUUUACCCGGCCGGAGCACUUAGGAAGCAGUGCCAAGAUCAAGUGCAGUGGCUGCCAUAGCUACCAGGAGUCCACGAAGCAGCUCACCAUGAAGAAGCUGCCCAUUGUGGCCUGUUUCCAUCUCAAGCGAUUCGAACACUCGGCCAAACUGAGGCGGAAGAUCACCACGUAUGUGUCCUUUCCCCUGGAACUGGACAUGACGCCCUUCAUGGCGUCCAGCAAAGAGAGCAGGAUGAACGGACAGUACCAGCAGCCAGCGGACAGUCUCAACAACGACAAUAAGUACUCCUUGUUUGCCGUAGUUAACCACCAAGGGACCCUGGAGAGCGGCCACUACACCAGCUUCAUCCGGCAGCACAAGGACCAGUGGUUCAAGUGUGACGACGCUAUCAUCACCAAGGCCAGCAUUGAGGACGUGCUGGACAGCGAGGGAUACCUGCUGUUCUACCACAAACAGUUCCUGGAAUAUGAGUAGCCUUAUCUGCAGCUGGUCCACAGAAAUGACGGCGAUGAGUUGGCCAGCCUCACAAAACGAUCCUCGUCCUCCCCGACUUCACGAAGCCACCACCCACACAGAAGUGCCCCCGAGAGCAUCGGAUUCCUCUGCAGCCUGGGCCCAGCGGCGGCCAUAGCGGGUGCUCAGGGUCGUCGUGUCUGCGUGGACAGGCGCUGCGCUCGGAACGAGGCUCCCGGACCUGCGCGACAGACACAGCGACGUGGGGGCUGGGCCCUGCGUGGGGAGGGGCACCAGGGAUGCGUCCCUGGGUGUCUCCUGUGCUCCUCAAGACCAUGUCCGGGGGGGGGGGGUUGUUGGAGCCUGUCCUGAGGGUUCAGUUUAGUAAGGCGCCAGCCUGCUUUUGCAUCGUGGGUCUGUUAAAGCAGAGAAGUACAGGAGCCAAAGAUGUGGUGUGAGGACAGAGGACUUUGCAAGUACCUUCCUCGCUGUGGGUUUAGUAUCAGAUAGCUAGCUGGAACUCUUAGCCUUGCCUUGUCAGCAGAUACAAGAACCCCCUCCCCCCGAGCCCAUGGGGCCGAAGACACUAACUGGGGUUUCCAAUCACGUCUGUUGCGCACAUCACUUAGCAUUCAGCUGCAUGUGGAAAUGUCAGCCCAGGUGUUCUCUCUCGGGUUUUUUUUUUUUUUUUUGGAAAUAGGCACUUUCUUAGCCCUCUCUCCUUUUCUCUCUUUUUCCACAAUGGUGACUUUCAUAAACGUAAUGGUAGUAACAUGAAUGAAUUAUUGGAUUUAUACAGACAUUUAGAUUGUUUUCCUUUAUUCUGGAGAGUGAAUCCUGCUUUUUCAUUGGUGCUGGUUUUGUUGCUUGGCCCCCUCCCCCCCUCCCCUUCAGAAGCGUCCGGGUCCUGGUGAAGGCUGCCGGGGGCGGCGGACGAGAGUCAGGCCGAGGCUAAUAAGUGUCUCUGUCCUAUUAACCUUUUGAGUAAAUGAAGUGUUUCAGUGGCUUCAUUGUUCCCUUCCUCCUGUUUUCUUCCUGGCCACCCGGCCCACUCGCUGUUCCGUGGCCGCGUGGCGGCUCGUGGGUCGGAGGGAUGCUGGAGCGACUUCCGCUGGAGCCUUUCGUCGCUGCUCCCUCCGCACUCCGCCGGGUGUGGUUUCAUGCGGAGCAGGGGCAGGUGGCUCUGCGCGGGAGCUGCUGCGAGCGGGGGGAGCCGCGCAAGGAGAGGGAACAGUUCGCCUUGUUCCUUGUAAGAUACCCUGCAUGCAUCUGUGUGUUCAGACCCAAACUUCGAUUGUCCGUUUCUGUGGGGGAGGAAAAGCUGCUUGAAUGUCGUUCACGGAACAGGCAGCACUUGUCCUGGGAGCCCGGUCUGCAUCGGAGCUGUGGAAUGUUCGUUCCUGCAGAAGAGCACCCUCUGUUUGAGGUUCAGCGCUCUUUCUUUCUUUUUUUUCUAAAGAGCCAGGUAGUAAAUAUUUGAGGCUUUAUGGGCCACGUGGUGUCUGCCGUAGCUAAUACAGAAACAGAUGAGCAUGGCUGUGUUCCAAUAAAGCAUCUUACGGAUGCUGAAAUGUGACAGUUGUCACAUGUCAUGGAUUUUUUUUUCUCUAUUUAAAAAUGUGCAAACUCUUCUAAGCUGGUAGGCCAUGUAGACACAGUCAGUGGGCCAGAUCUGGCUCAUUGGCUAGUCAGGUUAGGAAAUGGGUAGGAACAGCAGAAGUUGAGUAGUUACUGCUCAGUGUGGAACGUGCUAGAAUACACGAAACAACAAUAGCAUGCUGCAGCAGCUUCAUACUCGACAAAGUCCUUAGUGAUGCAGCUUUUAAAGCACUUGCUCAGUUCAGGCUCAGUGUAUUUCGGCAUUUUGGGAUACACAGGAGUCCUCAGAAAUACGGGUGGGUGCAAAUUUUCAGAAAUGGCCCCACGUGCCUGGCGGUAGUGUGUGUGUGUGUGGUGUGUGUGUGUGUGUGUGGUGAAGAUUUCUUUUUGGGAGAGCCGUUGCCUUUUAAUAAGGAGCAAAUCAAACGAGGAGCUGACUGAGGCAGGCCUGCAGAGUUCUGAGCCGUGAGCUUUGCCGCCUUGUGACCUGGCUUUACUGGAUUGUCCUGGGUUUUCUGGCAGGUUCCCUGUGGUCUGGCCUGUCCUGCUUCCCACAUGUGUCUGCUCAUGUUCAGGAGAGCUCAGCUAUUCCAAGAGCAUGAGGUCUGGGGACAGACAGGCCACGUUUCUCUUUUGUAGACAUGACUUUACAUUUUUGUAUCCAAAUUAAUUGUCGUUAUUCCCUGUUGGUGGCAUUGCAAGUCGCCACCUGUCUCCGUGCCACUGGGAAGCUCCUGUGACCGCAAGCACCGUGGGCAGUGUUGCCAGCAGGACAUCCUGCCGCCGCCGUGGUCGCUCGGAUUCACCCUGUUACCCACAGAAUACUCCAUCCUGGGCUUGGGAAUGUUUCUCUCCGCUCCCAGGCCAGCUGUUAAAUUCAGGAACAUGGCUUUCUUGUUUCCUCGUAACGACCCCCGUAUCGGUGUUCAGGUCAUUACCAAGGGCGUCUGACACUAACGGGAUCAUCGGGUGACCCCCACCAGCCUGCACAUUUCCACCAGUGGUUUUAAAAUAACCUGUGUCUUGGAGAUGUUGGCCGUCCUUUGAGCGUGUCACAGGGAAACCGGGCUUUCCGUCUUCAGAGGUGGGCGGUGAGCUCCGAGCAGCGUCCGGCUGGGGGAGUGGGGGGCCCGGCAGGCAGCCCGAGCGGCCGGGCCUCCCCUCCAGGGCGCAGGACCGUCUGAGGCCUCCUUCCUGCGGCAGUGCCCCCGACCCCACAACACAUAGCCCCGUGCUCUUGUCCUUUGGCUUGGUGUGUAUGCUUUCCCUGGGUCAGAUGGCCCUUCUUUUGACGAUUCAAGUGACUGUUUUGUUGACUAUAAUCUUGAAAACAGAAAUUGUAAGAAAAAGAUUCCAAUGAUCGUGCUGUGGAUUUUAUUACCAAGAUGUUUACACCUCCCUUUUACCUGUCAUUCUGAGGAACUGUUGACUCUUCUCCCUUAAUGGCUUGUAGUGUUUCCUAUGUCAUAAUAAAGCUACGUUUUCUUCGGAA